AUGAUCUCCGGAUACGAAGGAAUGGACAGUGACGAUCCGACAAUGUGGACCGUGGAAGAUGUGCACAAAUGGAUUUCCUUGUCUGCCAAGCAGUACAACAUGAAGCCCGUCGACCUGACGAAAUUCGCUGUCGACGGAGCAACGCUCUUGUGCUUCACGGAAGAAGAGUUCAAGGAACGCGCCGGAGACGCUGGAUCAGCGUUGCACGCCGCUUUGUACUCGUGGACAGCAGCGAUGCCCUCUGUGUGCGACGUGACGAUCGCGCAAGUCGCCUCGCCAGCCGAAUCUGGUUUCGCUAGCGGGGCUGAAGCCGGAGAGUCGACACCAUUGUCCCUGCAUGGCAACAUGAUCUCCGGAUACGAAGGAAUGGACAGUGACGAUAUUACUGUAGUCCCACUUCAGUAUAAUUGUACUGUGUCUCAUAUCAUAAUUUCCUCUCGUUUCACAGAAGACGACGACUGCGACGGGGCCGAGAAACCUGCCGCCGGAGGUCGCUCUGGCAACGCGCACAUCCAGCUCUGGCAAUUCCUCAAGGAAUUACUUUGCGACGGGAAACACUACGGCGCCUGUAUCCGGUGGCUGGACAGGCCCAGUGGCGUCUUCAAGAUCGAGGACAGCGUCAGGGUCGCCCGUCUCUGGGGCCGACGCAAGAACCGACCCGCCAUGAACUACGACAAGCUCUCUCGCUCCAUCCGCCAAUACUACAAAAAGGGCAUCAUGAAGAAGACGGAGCGAUCCCAGCGACUCGUCUACCAAUUCUAAGACGACGACUGCGACGGGGCCGAGAAACCUGCUGCCGGAGGUCGCUCUGGCAACGCGCACAUCCAGCUCUGGCAAUUCCUCAAGGAAUUACUUUGCGACGGGAAACACUACGGCGCCUGCAUCCGGUGGCUGGACAGGCCCAGUGGCGUCUUCAAGAUCGAGGACAGCGUCAGGGUCGCCCGUCUCUGGGGCCGACGCAAGAACCGACCCGCCAUGAACUACGACAAGCUCUCUCGCUCCAUCCGCCAAUACUACAAAAAGGGCAUCAUGAAGAAGACGGAGCGAUCCCAGCGACUCGUCUACCAAUUCUGUUCCCCGUACCUCAACUAAACUGCCUACUAUUUUGAAUUCCUUCUCAUCGUUUUCCCGGUUCGAGUAUACAUGUCUGUUUUUUUGUUUUUAUUUUUAUUUUCAAGUGUGGAGUCGGAGUUGCUGAGGUUCAUGGCGCGGUUGUACCUGAGGAAUUUUUUUCUCCCAACGGGGGUAAAACCUGUUCGGGAUGAUAUUAAUAUUUUUUUUUACAUUCGCGUUCGACUGGUGGUAAUACCGUCGCGCGGAUGAUGUUUUUUCCUUGCUUGUUCCUUCCCUCCUUCGUUGUUUCGCACCUUUGCGUUGCCCGGUUGUGGCCGAGCGCUGCGAGAGGACACGACGCUUCUUUGGUGAAGCGUUCGUUUGUCCGACCCACGCUGUGGCUGGGGCACGGUUUGACCCAUAUAUCUAUGAUAUAUCGUUUUGAGUAAGUUCUGUGAACGCCUCCAUCGGAUUGUAGAAAAAAUUUUUUUGUGUUGAUUGAGCCGGUAGAAGGCAGAGAUUUUUUAAAACUUGUGUGGUUUUUUGUUGUUCUGGCCGUGGUUUUUAUUUUUUUUGCGGUUCGCGAUCAGCGGGAGUUUUUGUUGAUUCAAGUCGUAGUGUCCGAAGCGGUUUUUUUUUGGGUGGACCCGAAAAGGCUGCCGGUCAUCGUCUACAUAAAUGUGACUUCUCCUGGGCUUUGUGGAUUCGCGUAUGUUUUUGUGUGGAGAUUUUUCUCGAACGAAUAUAGGGGAUCGUAAGGUGUUUUUCUGAGAUCUCCGAGUGUGGACUUUUUAGUGUGUUGACUGUCCCUUUGUAGGUGCUACUGUGUAAAUUACUUUUUUCCGGUCUUUAUAAUGGAUGUUAAAACGUGUCUCAUCGUCAGGAAAAUUUACCGGUUGGGGAAAUAAUAAAGGAGUCAUCGUUUGCAUAA